AUGGAUUUGUUUGUUACAAACACACGGCUUUUGGCUUCCGCUACUGAUCUGCAGAGAGACAUUGUGGAAAGUGGCCGGGGUGCUGGUUCUGUCAAAGACUUCUAUGCUAAAAAUUCACGUUGGACAGAGGGACUCAUUUCAGCGUCAAAGGCUGUAGGAUGGGGUGCAACGCAGAUGCUUGAAUCAGCUGAUAAAGUCGUGACCGACAAAGGCAAAUAUGAAGAGCUGAUUGUCUGCUCUCAUGAGAUCGCCGCCAGUACGGCACAACUUGUUGCUGCUUCAAAGGUAAAGGCAGAUCGAGGCAACAAGAAGCUCCAAACUUUACAGCAAGCAUCCCGUCACGUGAAUGACAUGGCCGCUGUUGUGGUGUCGUCUGCUAAAUCAGGACAAAUGCAGAUUGAGAACAAGAACUCCAUGGACUUUUCCGGCAUGUCUGUUAUAAAACUCAAAACAGAAGAAAUGGAUUCUCAGGUGAAAGUAUUAGAGUUGGAGAAGCAGCUGGUGAACGAGCGUAUACGAUUGGGAGAACUCAGGAGGAAGCACUAUGAGAUGGGAGGGAUCCCGAUGGACUCGUCUCCAGGGAAUACAGUCAAUAGUUUUGACAGUUCACUGCCUACUGUUUUUCCUGACCCGCCCAAUAUGGAACUGCCCAGUCUGGAUGCGUUCACACUGGACCCACCCAGAUUCGAACCACUUCGACUGGACCCGCCCAGACCGGAGCCCCCCGCAACCGAACCUGCCAAAACCAGCUCUAAACGAACCUCAAUCUUCCAUAAAUCAGGCAGUCUCCUCAAGAAUGCAUUUAGGUGAAAGGAGUCUGGGCCCUGGAUGUAUAAAGAAGAAACCAUCAUAAUGUAUAUUAUUUUCAUAGUUUUAUCAUGAGUCUCUACUGUAUAUCAUCCUUCAUGCUUUGACAAUACAAUAUGGUGUGAAUUAAAUAUUCGAAAUUAUGCUUUUAAUUUAUAAUAUCAUUUAGUGAAUUGCUACAGUGAAAUAUUUUAUCAUGCAAUUUUAAAAAUUUUAAUA